UAAGUAUACGAGAAAAGCAAGCGAAGUUGGAUUUAUUUGCAUAGUUUUGAAUAGUACAGAGAAGAAUGGGUUGUCAUAGAGUAGUUGAAGCAGUGGCCAUAGUCUUAUUCGUGCUUUUGCUUCCAAAUACCCAUGCCUGGGGAGAGGAAGGACAUGCCAUUGUUUGCAAAAUUGCUCAGGCUCGACUGAGCAGUCCAGCUGCAGCAGCUGUGAAGAAACUAUUGCCAAAAUCUGCGAACAAUGACUUAGCCAGCAAGUGUUCAUGGGCUGAUAGUUUGAGGGUGGUUUUUCCUUGGUCCUCUGCUUUGCACUUUGCAGAUACUCCUGACAACGCUUGCAACUACAAGGACAGCAGGGAUUGUGUAGACUUGAAAACUGGAAUUAAAGGGCGAUGUGUUGUAUCGGCCAUUACCAACUACACCAACCAGCUCCUGGAGUAUGGAACCAAAACCAAAUAUAAUCUCACUCAGUCUCUGCUAUUCGUUUCACAUUUUAUGGGAGACGUCCAUCAGCCUCUACACUGUGGCUUUGCAUCAGACAGGGGUGGCAAUGACAUCAACGUUCGCUGGUACAGAAGAAAGGAAAAUCUUCACCAUGUUUGGGAUGCAAACAUUAUUGAGACAGAAAUUGAAAGAUUCUACGACGAUAUUGACGAUUUCGUUGAUGCAAUUCAAAAGAACAUUACGAAAGCAUGGGCUGAUGAAGUAGAAGAAUGGGAGAACUGCAGAAACGACGACGUAUCAUGCCCAGCUAUAUAUGCUUCUGAAAGUGCAGAAGAUGCCUGUGCAUGGGCAUAUGAAGGUGCCCCUGAAGGUUCAGUACUGGAUGAUGAAUACUUCUUUUCUCGUUUUCCGAUAGUCAAUUUGCGGUUAGCUCAAGGAGGAGUUCGAUUGGCUGCAACUCUUAAUCGUAUUUUUGACACAGUAUCUCUAAUGUCAAUGUAAUUUAUUGAAGGUUAGAAAUAGAUCAACAAUUUCCAUGUUAUAAUAGAAUAAACCGUAAAAGCUAAUUUGUUCAACUAGUUUGUGUGUUUUAAGAUUUUAGGUAACUUUGCUGAUUACGAAAAGAAAGACAUUGGGAGGGGCCGCUCAUGAGCAAUUUGAUAUCAUAUUAUAGGUGCUUUCAUUGAAUCAAAUAAAUGAGAAUGAUGAUACUGAAUUCAUUAAAA